AUGUCCAAGACGGCCCAUCCUGGUGUCGGGGAAACCACUCCUCAGACCAAUCCCCCAGCGCAGAUCCAUCAUCCGCGCCGAGGUUCUGCCUUAAUACGCUUCCGUUGGCCCAGGGCCGUCUCAUUCAAGGGCGGGGUACGCAAGUAUGUACGCAAGUAUGCUCGAUGGUUGAGGCAUCCCAUAUUGUUGCGCGCGUUUGGGAGAUCCGCUGUGUCAGACGAGCGGGCUGCUUCUGGACGGCAGCGCAGCCCGCUGGCGCCACAAGCGGCGAAUCCUCUUAUCGCGGCGGCCAAUUCAUUCCCACAUGGGACGGAUACAGAAGUACAGGGCAACAGACCGAUGUCACCGUACGUACCGGAUGCAUGCGAAAAGAGAAGAGAAAACGAGGGGCAGCAAGCGGCGUCGACCCUCGGAAGCGUUUGGAUGGGUGUUAUCAGAGGACCAUUAAGACCCAGUCCUGUUGCAACAACCUCCCCCGCCUGCCGCAGAGAGCGUCUCCACUCACUGAACGCCGUGACCCGGCUUCGGCGUAGAGGUCUCUUUCUCUCUAACACUCUGGUGGGUGGUCAGGGUCCGCAAGGUCUGUCGCAUUGGGGUUGCCGUCGUAGACUCGCGGCUCCCCGGCUUUAG